AUGGCGACAGCGGCCGCAGCGGAGGCAGUGAAGGCGGCCAUCACGAGUGGCGGCGCUUCCUCUGCCACCGUCACCACACUGCACACUUUACUCUGCGAGCCGUCGCCCCGGCCGGCUUCAGCCAAGACCGGAGCUGCAUCAGCCUCCACAGCUCGACGCGCCAUCACGAAACGGCCACCCACUCCGCCAGCACGGCGCACACCGACUGCGCGAGGACGUCAGGCGCCCGAGGUCCAGGUCUUGGAGGAUGUACCUGCGCCCGUGCCCGCGAAAGCACGAUAUGCGCUCGCCACCGAGAUUGUCAACAUUACCUUGAAGCUCCUCACCGACGCCACGAAACCAGGACCACAACAGCAGCGAAGAGCAUCGUCUGCACAGCGCCAUUCGACUGCGAAACAGCCUUCUACGCCAUCGCACAAAGCGCUUCAGCUCCGGAGCGCCAAUGCCACGCCCGUCCCGACAUCGACGGGGAAGAAGCCACGAUCUCAGCGGCGGCCAUCUCAAGCCUCGGUGACAAGCACUUCACCCGGCUCGAUCCAUCUAGAAUGUGUCGCCGCAUGUGCAAGACUCGCGUUCUCAUGCUUGCGAUCCACGGACGUGAAGACGUUGGGCAUUCGCGAGCUUCCGCAAUGGCACUUGGAAACUGGAAUGCUUUCGCUGUGUGGCAAGCUAUUGACCCUGGACCAUCGUGCACUUGCUGCUAAGCAGCUCCGUUCCGUCAAACACAGUCUGGAGACCGCGGCACGUGCUGUGCCUGGCUCUAGACCAGGCCCUGCUACUUCCGCAAAGCCCUCGCAGCAUGCUUCUCACUGGAGUCUGCUCCUCCUCCACCGGCAUGUACAUGCUAUGCCCUUGGUCCUUCCAACGCUGAUCAUUUAUCAGCUGCACGUGAUGCAGCUUCUUGUACUCACCACUAGUGGAUCCAUUGUCGAGAGAGUUGCCGAACUCCUGUGCUCAGGGUCUCAGGAAUCACCCGCUGGAACCAUCCUACGACACGUUGAGAGUGGAGCGGAUCCCAUCAAAGCUGCGAAGCAACUAGAAACUCUCUCUCGAACCAUGCUCCAACUGUGUCCCAGCAUAUCAGCAGCAGCAGAUGAAAAUUCCAGAGACAGAACUCUCUAUGCAGCGCCUCUGUCCGUCUUUCGGCUGCAAGUGGCUUCAUUAUCACUUCAACGGGAGAGUAGGAGGCUCAUGAAGCGACCAGAAGAUACCGAGAAAGACGUCGUCGGGCCUUUCUCAAAAUGCUUGUCCACACUCUUGCGUCGGACAAGCUCGCGCGGCGAUGCGGAAAAGCUACUGGAGACGUGUACGGCAAGCUAUCGAUCCUUGGGCUGCGACGCCCACGAGACGAGCGAUAGUACUGGCGCCGGGUUCACGGUACUGAUCACACUUUCCAGGAUAGCGCAGCUGGCGGGAUCGCAAGAGCAAUCGACUUACUAUGCAGACCUGGCUCUUACGCAAUGCCACAAGCUUGAAAUGAGCCAUGCACGUUACAUUGCGGCUUCAAUCAGACGAGGAUGUGCAGAAUUGGCAACGCCCCACGAGAUGUCUUCUGGGAUGUCCGAUCAGCAGGAUCUGAAGACUAUCGUCGAGAGCCUACAGAAGGACUUGUCUGGCACCUCGUCCGACUACGAGAUGCUGCUGUUGGAACUGGCGCAAGUAGUCAGACUCAACUCUCGUAAUGACACACAACUGGAAGAACAAAAGCGCUUACUAUGCGCCGCAGCAGCUUUCGCGUCGCGAUACGUACGGUUAUGUCCUGGAAAGCAUGUAGCAACUGCUCAGGAGAUUGUGCAUUUGGCGUUGUCCAAGUGCGGCUCGGGCGAGGAUGUGACCUCUUGGGUCAGCUCGGACACCGCGUCAGUCAUGAUCAAGUCUGGCGCCCUUCGCCGGCUCACGGACAAGGCAUCUUCCUCUCCUCUCGCACUACUCUGCUGCUCUUCCGGUACUGCUAUAGCCUUCGGCAGAAUCCUCAAGAUUCUGGUGACGAAAGCUAUCAUAUCUGGUCCGGAAAAGAGUGCAAGCUGUGUUGUGGAUGACGAUGGCCUGGAGACAGCAGAGCGAGGCACCCUGCUCGAGUUGCAACUCAAGAACUCACUAGAUCUAGCGCACAAGCCAAAAUACAGACAGGCUUUGUCCAAGCUCGUGCAGGAGCUUGUGCGGAGACUGUCAAAGACAUACGAUGCGGCUGUAUUCCCGAUACGACGAGCCAGACUAUCAGCGCUGGUCCUGCGUGUUCGCGAAGAGUAUCCUGAGCUUCUGCCACCACACACAAUUGCGGUCUUGAGCAAAGCGACGCUCGACAACAUUACAGACUUAGCCAAGGACGAAGGUCUCAAGCGCUACCUAUUGGAUGUUCGUGCCACUUUGAACCUGUCGCGAGCUUUCUGCGAUGGUCGCCCUUCGUCCACAGAGUUGCACUCCGCCCUGGAGACAUGGAACACAUUGCUCGAAAAAGCGGAUGAUCCGGCAGACAUCGACAGUGCGAUAGACAAUCCGACUGUGCUCAUAGCACAGCUGAUCUCUCUAGAGGAGUACUUAGGAAUGCUCGGCGAUGAUGUAUCACGCCUGUCUGUCAGCACCUUGCUUCAUAAGUGCACACAAUUACGUGGCGUUGCCACAGAGCAAUGUGGCAGCGCAAGCAAGCUCGCACGGGUACACAUGAUUCUUGGAAAUGCCGAGAAGGCAAGAGAUGUGCUGCACUCGGCUUUGGUAUCGCCUCUCGUCGACGAGACUGCACCAUCUCUGGACUUGAUUGAGUAUCACCUUGCCAAGGCUGAGAGUACGCUUCUGCUUGAUCAGGUGGAUGAAUGUCGCGGGGCUUUGACAAACGCAUAUCAAGCACGUCAAAGGCUACCUCCUCAAGCCGUCAGGUCUUCACAGUCGCAGCAUUACAAGGUGUUGCACGGCAGAGCAUGGUUGGUACAAUCGCGCUUUCUGAUGGCAUCGGGCCUACCCCAGGACGCACUGCGUGCUGCAAAGCAAGCAUCGAAGAUCAUGAACAGCAUUUGGGCUACUCUAGAGCGUAAUGAUCAUUCCGCGAAGCCCCCAGUCGUUGACGAUGGAGAGGAGCCGAGAGAUCCGCCUGCCGAUGCUUUGUCCACCAAAGUCAGCAAGCUCAAUCUUAAGCCAGCAGCUCCGGGAUCACACAAGAAAAACGAGCUUCGAGGUGCGUCGUUCUGGCCCGUUGUGCGAGCUCUCUGUGAGUCGACUUUACACCUUUCGGACAUGUAUGUACACCAUGGGAUCUAUAACGAAGCAAACCACGCAUCAGAACAAGCACUCAAGACUGCUGAAGCUGUAGGAUCAUGGAGCUUACUGUCAGAUGUCAGAGCUCAUCGUGGUCUUUUCUUGGCGAUUGCAGGUCGCUUCGAAGACUCCGAACUCUGUUUAGAGCAAGAGGAGACAACAGAAGAGGCGCUGCUGUCAUUAAGAAGCGCCCAGCGACGGAAAAUAAAGGCAGCUGCUUGCGCACAGCGAGGCGAACCGAAAGCCGCCGUCACUCACCUUCAAGAGGCCGGGAAGAUCAUAACGACAAUGUUGUCGCAAGACAUGACAUCUGCAAGCAUCGCGACGGAUGAAACAAAGCCUCAGAUCAUCACUGAACCGUCAGCCGCAAAGUCUAGACCUCCUGACGCUGCUAAGCCAGCGUCUGGAGCAAGAGCAGCGGCAGCAUCGUCUCGUACCGCUCUCAAGAAAUCCAUCAAGUCCCGAGCCGCUCCCACGAAGCCUCUUAUGAAGCCUAGAGCUAUCUUAGAGGCUUCGGCAAAGCAAAAUGCAGCCACAGCCAUCCCUUAUCUGCUGCGCAAGAUCCAAGCUGAAAUUGCCUUUAACACGGCUGCUAUGGAGAUCAAAUACGGCAGUAACAGUUGCAGAGAUACCAGUGAGCUUCAAGAACUUUACGCGGGCCAGUGCCAUGGCAUUCAUUGGCGAUCACUGGAACAGGAAGUGGUUCUGAGCAAAACCAUCAAGUCUCUCGAGGCAGACUUCUCGCUUAGCGUUUUGACCGAGUCGGUCUUGUCCUAUCCUUCGCUUCAGCUACUUGAUUCCACAGAAGUAUCAACAACGUCAGCUACGGUCAAAGCACCGCCUAAGUCCUCAAGAUCUGCCGGCGGGGCUAAGAAGGUCGCUCCUACAGGAUCAUCAUCCGCCAACAUUUCGCCUUUGACAGCGUCUACCAUACAUGAAGAGUCGAGCGCCGUAUUGUCGACUAUCGAGGCACAUAAGCAGUAUGAUCUAUUGUCAACGACUUGCAUGAUCACGUCGGCCACCCCCACAACAAGGUCUCGGAGUAGUCUUGAGCUUGUCAAACCAUUGUCCUUCGUAGAUCAGGGCCGCAUCCAUGCUUCACAGAGCAUGAUGGCAGUAGCUUGCCUCGAGCGAGUUUCUAACAGCUCGUCUGACUCCUUUGCGUGGCCCAAUGAACAACUCUCGAUGCCCUCAACGCAUGUAGCAUCGGCAUCUUUUCAGAGCGAGUACAUCGACAAUCUGCCACAGAGCUGGACAGUGGUAUCGCUGUGCCUCAGUGAGUCAUGCGAGGAGCUCUGCAUUGCCAGGUACCGAGGUUCGCAGGCUCCCGUGGUACUGCGCAUACCAUUUUCGCGUCAAAAGUCUGAUGAGACCGAGGAAGAACCGUUCCUCUUCGAGGACGGAAAGUCUGAGCUGGAAGAAAUCAUUAGUCUCUCGAACUUCAGCUGCCACAGCACCCUUGACACCAGCGCAAAAGGUGCCAAGACCAAUUGGUGGGCUGAGCGCGAAGCACUAGACAGGAGAAUGCACGAGCUUCUUAUCAAUAUGGAGAAUCUGUGGCUUGGUGGCUUUCGAGGCAUCAUGUCGCAACACGGCCGGAACCAGGAACAGCUUGAUCGAUUUAGAAAGGCGUUCGAGGCGAUGCUGGACCGGCAUCUACCUUCACGACGAGGCUCGAAGCGCGGCUCGAAGAGACUUGUGCUUGAUGAUCAAAUCCUCGAGCUCUUCGUUGGUCUUGGCAGUGAUCAGGACGGCGAGCUGGAGCUGGACGAGCUGCUGGCAGAGCUGCUCUACUUCGUUGUAGACAUUCUUCAGUUCAAUGGAGAGCGCAAUGCCUAUGACGAGGUCGAUAUUGAUCGAAUGGUGGUCGAUGUACUCGAUGCCAUGAGGAGCUAUCACGACUCAGAUGAGAAGACGAGUGAAGGAGCACACCUCAUCCUGGUGCUUGACCGACGCCUGCAAGCAUUUCCGUGGGAGAGCUUGCCAUGUUUUGAGCAUGUCAGUGUCAGCAGAAUGGACAGCAUGCACUCUUUGCGGGACCGGAUCAUUGCAAUGCGGCAGCAGGUCCAGGCGUCAAAGCUUACUGAGCAGGACCGCUACAUCGUGCCUCGUUCGUCCGGCACUUACAUUGUCAAUCCAGGUGGCGAUCUCAAGAGCACUGAGAGCAUUCUGACACCAGAACUGUCACAGCUUGCGGCUUCCGAGGGUUCUGGUUGGAAGUCCAUCGUCCGCCACGCGCCUAGCGAGGAUGAGUUCAAAUCCGCAUUAUCCUCGACAUCGACCCUGCUGUACUUCGGUCAUGGAGCCGGAUCUCAGUACAUUCGUCCGAGGACUGUCAGAAGGCUUGAGAAGUGUAGUGAGGUUGUGUGGCUCAUGGGCUGCUCUUCGGGCGCAGUUACUGAGUACGGUAAAUUGGAAGCGUUUGCUGUGCCUCUCACGUACAUGCUAGCUGGCCAGACACAGCAAGCCCCGGAGCUUGAACCCGCACAAUCCACAGGAAAGUGCAUGUCCGUCCUAGCAACGCUGUGGGAUGUCACCGACAAAGACAUCGAUCGCUUCUCGCUUGCGGUAGGCGAAGACUGGGGUUUAUGGAAAGCCCCACAAGCUUCCACAAAGCUUCCCGCCAAGACGCCGCGAAAGAGGGAGAAAGUCGUUGCACCUUCGACGCCAGAGAAGACGUGUAAGACGCCGAAGACUCCGAAAGUCAAGAAGACCCCUGUACCUCCAAAGACGCCGGUCAGGAGUGGUAGUGUGUCGCGCGAAAGAGGGCAGAAGAAGAUAAGUUUGGUGGAGGCUGUGGCGAGGAACCGAGAUGCCUGUUACCUGAGGUAUCUGAACGGUGCUGCGCCGGUGGUCUAUGGUAUACCAGUUUGGCUUGGCGAUUAG